AUGGCCCCUGCGACGGCGAGCUCGCAGCUGGCGGGGCUGCAGCAGUGGGCGAAGCGCGUGCUGCUGGCGGAACUCGUCGCGCCCGGCGACGAGGUACGCCGCCGGGACUCCCCUCGGAGGGGAGGGGUGAACCAUGGCUGGGCGAUGGGUGGGCGAUGGGUGGGUGAUGGGUGGGCGAAGGGUGGGGAAAGCGGCUGGCAGAGUAGCAUGCCCCCUGGCAGCGAGCGGUGGGGGGCGGUAGAGCUUUUGAGGGGACGAGGAGGAGCAGAGGCGAGGGAAAAAGACGUGUGCGAGAUGUUCUGUGGCCGCGGGGAGGACACGCCGCUGUGGGUCAAUGCGCGCAUCGACUCCUACCUGGGCGUCGACGUGACGCCAUCAUCGCUGGAGGAGGCGGCGGAGGAGUGGCGCGCGCACGGCGCCCCCUAUGGCGCCGCCUUCCACUAUGCCGACCCUUCCCUCGACUGGUUUGCCUCGCAGCGCACGGCUUCACAGUUCCUGGCGAACGUGGCAACACUGCUGGCCCCCGGAGGGAUCUUCUUCGGCCUGCUGCCCGACUCCUCCACGCUCUGGUAUGCCCGACUCCUCCACGCUCUGGUAUGCCCGACUCCUCCACGCUCUGGUAUGCCCGACUCCUCCACGCUCUGGUAUGCCCGACUCCUCCACGCUCUGGUAUGCCCGACUCCUCCACGCUCUGGUAUGCCCGACUCCUCCACGCUCUGGUAUGCCCGACUCCUCCACGCUCUGGUAUGCCCGACUCCUCCACGCUCUGGUAUGCCCGACUCCUCCACGCUCUGGUAUGCCCGACUCCUCCACACUCUGGUAUGCCCGACUCCUCCACGCUCUGGUAUGCCCGACUCCUCCACGCUCUGGUAUGCCCGACUCCUCCACGCUCUGGUAUGCCCGACUCCUCCACGCUCUGGUAUGCCCGACUCCUCCACGCUCUGGUAUGCCCGACUCCUCCACGCUCUGGUAUGCCCGACUCCUCCACGCUCUGGUAUGCCCGACUCCUCCACGCUCUGGUAUGCCCGACUCCUCCACGCUCUGGUAUGCCCGACUCCUCCACGCUCUGGUCUGCCCGACUCCUCCACGCUCUGGUAUGCCCGACUCCUCCACGCUCUGGUAUGCCCGACUCCUCCACGCUCUGGUAAGCCCGACUACUCCACGCUCUGGUAUGCCCGACUCCUCCACGCUCUGGUCUGCCCGACUCCUCCACGCUCUGGUCUGCUGCUUGUUUAG